UAGAAGUCUCUACAAAGUCGAGUCUCUCACAGAACCGACACUUGUCGCCAAGAAGAAGCUGCGCAGCCUGUAGUAGAGGAGCCAGAGAUUAAAAAAAUCAGCGGUUAGUAGUUGGAGAAGCGUUAAUUGAGUGUGAUUGCUAUCUGUUGAUUCGAUUUCUGAAUCGAAUUUAUGUAUAUGAGGGAGAGGGAGAUCGGAGACUCUGUUUGAUCUAACUUGUGUGGGAUUUGUAUGAGACAGUGAGGUUGGAUCAGCUUUGGGCACGGGUACAAACAAAUCUUACAAAAUGGGAACUAAUAUGAACUUCAAGAACUUUGGAAAUGAGCCGCCGGGCGGUGGUGGUGGUGGAAGGCAACCGGGGAAUUUCCCGUUGGCGCGACAGUCGUCGGUCUAUUCGCUGACGUUUGAUGAGUUCCAGAGCACGAUGGGGGGAGUUGGGAAGGAUUUUGGGUCUAUGAACAUGGAUGAACUGUUAAAGAGCAUUUGGAGUGCUGAGGAGACACAAAUUAUAGGGACUACCUGUGGUGCGCAAGAAGGGGUUGUUGCACCUGGUCCUGGUGGGUUUUUGCAGAAGCAGGGGUCUUUGACGUUGCCGAGGACGCUCAGCCAGAAGACGGUUGAUCAAGUUUGGAGAGACAUAUCGAAAGAUUAUGGCGGUUGGAAGGAUGGGAGUGUUGUCGGGGGAUCGUCGAAUUUGCCACAGACGCAGAGACAGCAGACUUUGGGAGAGAUGACACUUGAGGAGUUCUUGGUGAGAGCUGGGGUUGUGAGGGAGGAUGAGAAAUCCAACAAUACUGGAUUUUUUGGAGAUUUUUCGCGGCCUAAUAAUAAUAAUGCUCUUUUAGGAAUUGGAUUUCAGCAGACUGGUAGGAACACAGGAUUGAUGGGAAAUAGGGUUCCUGAGAGUAAUAAUCAAACUGCCAUUCAAUCUGCUAAUUUACCAUUGAAUGUGAAUGGGGUUAGAUCAUCACAGCAGCAGCAGCAGCAGCAGCAACUUUUUCCCAAGAAUGCUACACUGGCUUAUGCUAAUCCAAUGUCUAUGCCAAGUAGUGCUCAGCUGGUUAACCCAGGAAUUAGGGGUGGCAUUACUGGAAUUGGAGAUCAGUCGAUGAAUGGUAAUUUGGUUCAAAAUGCUGCGCUGCAGGGUGGAGGGAUGGGGAUGGUUGGUCUAGGAGCUGGUGCUGUUACUGUUGCAACAGGAUCACCUGCACUUUCUUCUGAUGGGCUUGGGAAGAGUAAUGGAGAUACAUCCUCUGUGUCACCAGCUCCUUAUGUGUUUAAUGGAGGUUUACGAGGAAGAAAAUAUGGUGGGGCUGUGGAGAAGGUUGUUGAGAGGAGGCAGAGGAGAAUGAUAAAGAACAGAGAAUCAGCUGCAAGGUCGCGGGCUCGUAAGCAGGCCUAUACUAUGGAAUUGGAAACAGAAGUUGCAAAAUUAAAAGAGGAAAAUCAAGAAUUGCAGAAAAAACAGGCGGAGAUAAUGGAAAUGCAGAAAAAUCAGGUCCUGGAGAUGAUGAACCUGCAGAAAGGAGUGAAGAGACGAUGCUUGAGACGAACACAGACUGGUCCAUGGUGAAGGGUGUGAUCAUGGUUUGAUGGUUAAAUUAUUUAUAUGGAUGGUUGGUGGCUGUACAUAUUUAAGGAAAGCACAUGUUUUGUGUUGUAGAUCAAAACCACUGAGAGCUGUAUUUUGUCAUAGAUUAGUACAUCAAGUUUAUCCGUACUCUUUUUGCUUUCUUUGUGCACAUCAUGAACAUGUAGAGAGAAUUACAGAAAGGAAGCAAAAUAUGUGGUCCAAUAGCUUGCUUUGAAAGCAAAACAUAUUUGACAUAUGUUUGAAAACACAUCAAGUUCCCUAACAUGCGAAUCAAAGAACUUUGUCUGGCUUCAUUUCACUUGCUGUGUCUUAACAACGUGGGAAAUUCGUAUUUGCUAUCCGUAACGUUCUAUGAUGAUUGGUCUUCUGAAUGGGUACAAAUGUUGAUCUGACUGACCUCGUGAUAUAUAUUGUGAAACAGAUUUGUGGUGUUCAAUUAAACUACUGUCCAAGUCGCACUGUUGGCAAAUUGAAGAAAUUUGUUUUGAUUUUUUUUGGUUGUUGGAAAUGAUGGUUUUUGUAAUGACAGCUACAAUCAUUAAUAAUGUUUUUGGAGUGUUGUUUGACAU